UUUUAGUCCGCCGGUUUCCCGUUCUCCUUCAUGGACGAAAUCGUAUCACAGCCCUCUUUGGCAGUUUUUAUAUUCCCCUUGUUGUAUCAACCAGGGCUUGGUGAGGUUGUUUGAAGACCCAUGGUACCUCUUAGCUUGACCUGUUGCAGCUUCUGCUGUCCCCCAUAGUCCCUCCAACAUGGCCACAUCCCAUCUUCCGUUCUCCCCGAUACGGUCACGACUAGCGGCGUCGUCUCAUCUUCACAUCUUCAUCCCACCUCUUCCGUCUUUUCCCAAGAACAGCCCCAGAUGUUACCGGCUCCUCUCCACCGAGCCAUCUCCUGGCCCGCAGCAUCGGGAUAGCGGGCCUCCUCCUGGAUUCAAUAUUGCCGGCCAUAAAAAUGUAAAUUCUCGAUCGGAUGCUUCUCCGGCCGCAUCAAACUCCGGACAAUCGAUUCCAUCAUCCGAGUCAGGCACGCAGUGGUACGACAAUCCGGACUUCACCAUCUCGACAUUUUCGGAGCUACCUUCAAAAAACUUUGGAGUGAAUCAACACAUGAUUAUCAAUGAGGAGUUUAAAGAGGCCCUACGACAGAUUUUGUGGCAAUUCAAAGCUCCAAUCCGAUAUGCGUUCGCCUACGGUUCAGGUGUAUUUCCGCAGUCUAACAGAUCUGCCUUUCCAGCCGAAAGUUCCCAUCCGGCCGCUCCACAAGCCAUUCAAACAGGCCAGGGGAACAGUGGAAAGAUGAUUGAUUUUAUAUUUGGGGUCUCUUACAGCCAACAUUGGCACGCGCUCAACUUGAACCAACAUCGUGACCACUAUUCUGGUCUAGGAUCGCUAGGCUCAUAUAUUGUUUCCCAGAUCCAGGAAAGAUGGGGAGCCGGCGUUUACUUCAAUCCCUAUGUCACCGUGAAUGGAACCCUUAUAAAAUAUGGGGUUGUUAAUAUUGACACACUUUGUAAAGAUCUUAGUGACUGGGACUCACUUUACCUUGCGGGACGACUUCAGAAGCCGGUGAAAAUCCUUAGGGACCACCCGAAAGUCCGUCUUGCGAACCAAGUGAACCUUCUUUCAGCCGUCCGCGUGGCAUUGCUAUUACUACCACCGACAUUUACCGAGCAACAGCUGUAUAGCACUAUCGCUGGCAUUAGUUAUAUGGGCGACCCUCGGAUGUCUUUUGCCACAGAGGAUCCGCGUAAGGUUAACAACAUUGUAUCCUCGCAGAUGACCAAUUUUCGCCGUCUAUACGCACCCUUGAUCGAAACAUUGCCAAAUGUUGCUUUCAAUGACCCGCAAUGCAGCAGCCUAGAUUGGGUAGAUAACCCAGAGGUCGACGCUCGGCUAGCCCAAGAUAUGGAUCCGUUAAAACGAGGAAAUAUGGUUCGGAGACUACCCCAGUCCUUCCGCGAGAAGCUUUACUUCCAAUUCCAGUCAAGAUACCAAAUUCCGAGAGUGGAAUUUGAUAACAUGAUGGAGAAAAAUAACGACGAAGACCCAGAACGAGUUCAUCGUCGAGUAGGAGGCACAUUCGAGCAAAGAAUUGCUGCCGACGAACAUCUCAAAGACGAAGCAACUAAAUCGAUCAGGAAGACAAUAGCGUGGCCGAGUAUGAGCCAGAGCGUAAAGAGCCUAUUCACCGCUGGCCUUGGAAAAGGAUGGCGGUAUGUAAGAGAGAAACAACAGAAGUACGCUUCCGCUAAGCAGGAGACGAAAGAAGACGCACCUAGCGGUUCUAAAAAGGAGUGAACUUCCUUGGACAUAUUUUCUUUUGGGGAACUGUGUACCCUUCUACAUAUUAUUAUUAAUACUGCCCGUACUGUGCAUACUCGAAGGCUUUGGCGUUGAAUAAAGUGGGAUAAAAUACAAUAGAAAUCUAUCAGGAUAGAUGUAGUAUAGCAAUUGACUCAAGUGAUAAAAUAAAUACCUCUUCCUUUUCCACUACAUAAUAAUAAUACAUAAAAUA